UUGAUAAAAGCCUUCAUGCAAGAGGUGUGGAAUCUGGAUGAUAACAAAAAGGAAAUCUAUUACGGAGCAGUGUCUGGUGUGUUUGUAAUCGCCGCAGCUAUGGGUGCCUUCAGUUGUGGAACGCUAGCGGAUUGUCUGGGCAGGCGGAACAGUUUAAUGUUGAACCACCUAAUCGCUAUAGCCGGUGCAAUAAUAAGUGCUCCGUGCGUAAAGAUGAAUCAACCCUAUCUGCUGUUUGCGGGUCGUUUCGUAAGCGGUAUCAACAGUGGUAUCACCAUUGGUGUGGCCUCCCUCUACCUGACAGAAAUUGCUCCACUCAAUCUGCGCGGGUUCAUUGGGGCCUGCCAUCAACUGGCCGUCACGAUGGGCAUCCUCCUCUCCUACGGUACUACCACCAAGGCCACCUUCCAGACACCCAAACUGUGGCCGCUUGCCAUUGGCGUCGGAGCCAUUCCACCGGCCAUCUGCUGUUUCCUGCUGCCCUUGUGCCCUGAGAGCCCGCGCUACCUGCAUCUCAUCAAAAACAAGGAGGAAGCUGCUAAGCAAGCCUGUGCACGCCUAAAUCCCGACGGCGUGGAUAUGUUUCUUGCGGAGAUGCGUGAGGAAGCGGCGGCCGCCAAAAAUGCACCCGAAUUCAAGUUUAUGCAGCUUUUUAAGCAGCCAGAUCUCCGAUUACCCGUGAUUAUUGCAGUGCUGAUCCAAGUUCUGCAACAGCUCUCUGGAAUUAACGCUGUCGUUGCCAACUCCAAUCUUAUGCUCCAAGGUGCAAGUGUGAAGGACGACCAGAGGGAGUACUUUGUCAUAGGCCUGGGUGUGCUCAAUGUGGUCUGCACAAUUAUCGCCCUUCCCCUGUUGGAACGUGCGGGUCGUAGAACCCUGCUGCUCUGGCCCACAUUCGUCUUGGGCAUCACCUUACUUCUGCUGACCGUCAUGAUGCAGCUUAUGGAAAGCAAACCAGAUGACAAGAAGGGACCCUAUGCAGUCGGCUGUAUUGUCCUCCUCUUCCUCUACCUGGCCUGUUUCGCGGUGGGACUGGGGCCCAUCCCAGCUAUGAUCGUUUCCGAGCUCUUCCGCCAGGGUCCGCGAACGGCUGCCUACUCUCUCAGCCAGGGUGUCCAGUGGCUUUGCAACUUUUUGGUCCUCAUCAGUUUUCCAAUCUUGAAUAAAACUAUGAAAGGCUACGUCUACCUACCAUUCUUUGGUGUGGUUGCCGUGUGCUGGCUGUUCUUCUUUGUUGUCAUGCCCGAAACAAAGAACAAGACCUUCGAUGAGAUUGCAAAAGCGCUUGCCUCAAACAGCAAUGUCAACAAUCCUCUGCAGUAUUACCGUCGUGAAAGAAGACGGGGCUCUUUUCUUCCGCGCUUGAUAUAA